AUGAAACCAAGAGAUAUUUUUCAAACUCCAAGUUCACCUUCAAGAUCAACUAGGAAUGUGAAUCCUCCUAGACCUAAUGAUAAUGCAUUGCCGCCAACAUCAAGUCCAAGGCGAAAGAAUAAUAAAUCUAUUUUUAGUGAUAGAUAUAUACCUUCAAGAACAGGAAUUGAUUUACAAGCAGCUUUUAGUUUAAGUUCUAAUGAUGUUGUACCUGAUUUAAGAAUUCGAGAUAACGAUAAUGAAAUCGAAGUUCAAAGGGAACAAGAAGCUAAUAGGACAUUUUCCACAGUGUUGAAGAAUGAAUUAUUUGGUGAUAAUGCUCCAAUGAUUUCAAAUAUUCUGAAUCCGAAACCUAUCAGAUCCAGACCUAACAGCACAGGUAAUUUCCAUAGUAAUUCCAUUAUGAUAAAUCCCAAUGGAACUUCAAGAUCAAGUGAUUCUAUACCAAUACCUUCAGGUAGAAUUACACCUCCAAGGUCAACAUCUAUAAAUGAUGUAAAUACUCCAACAAGAGAUACUAUCACAGGUGGUAGUAAUUUUAAUGAUAAUUCAAAUUUAGAAACCAAUUUCCAUAAUAAUAAUAAUAGCAAUGAUGACAUAACGAGUACUCCAAGACAAAAAUCAAAUCUUUUCACUUAUCAAUCACCAAGUAAAAAUAGACCAAUUUCAAGAGAUUUACAAAACGAAAUUUAUUCAUUAUCUCCUGUAAGACAAGAAAGUCAGAAAAUCCUAUUAUCCCCACAAAAGAAACCAAGAAAUAUCAGCAAGGUACCUUAUAGAGUAUUAGAUGCUCCUGAAUUACUGGAUGAUUUUUAUUUAAAUUUGGUGGAUUGGGGUGCACAAGAUAUUUUGGCUGUAGGAUUAGGUGAUAGUGUAUAUUUAUGGGAUGGGUCGACCCAAUCUGUCGAUAGAUUAUGUCAAGUUAAUAAUAAGGAAAAAGUUACCAGUAUCAAUUGGAUUGGGUCAGGAACUCACUUAGCUAUCGGCACAUCAAAAGGGAUUGUUGAAAUCUGGGAUGCUACUAAAAUGAAAUGUGUCAGAACUAUGUCUGGUCAUAGUUUGAGAGUAAGUUCAUUAGCUUGGAACGAACAUAUUUUAUCAAGUGGUUCAAGAGACAGAUCAAUUUUGAAUCGUGAUGUAAGAGUUGAAAGUCACUAUAUCAACAAAUUCGAGAAUCAUAAACAAGAAGUUUGUGGGUUGAAAUGGAAUAUAGAAGAGAACAAAUUAGCAUCUGGUGGUAAUGAUAAUAAAUUAUUCAUAUGGGAUGGUUUGAAUACUAAACCAUUAUAUGAGUUUAGUGAUCAUACUGCAGCAGUUAAAGCCAUUGCUUGGUCUCCUCAUCAAAGAGGUAUACUAGCAUCUGGCGGAGGAACGGCUGAUAAAACCAUCAAGACUUGGAAUACCAUAACAGGGAAUUUAUUAAAUGAUGUUAAUACUGGAUCUCAGGUUUGUAAUUUGGUUUGGUCCAAAAACUCCAAUGAAUUGGUUUCAACUCAUGGAUAUUCAAGAAAUCAAAUAAUUGUUUGGAAAUACCCUAGCAUGCAACAAAUUGCUCAAUUAACCGGUCAUACAUAUCGUGUAUUAUACUUAUCAUUAUCGCCAGAUGGUGAAACUAUAGUGACCGGAGCUGGUGAUGAAACUUUAAGAUUCUGGAAUGUAUUUGAAAAGAAUAAGUCAGAUGAACCUCCAUCUUCAGUUUUAUUAGAUGCUUUCCUGCAAUUACGUUAA